AUGACGACCGACACACUGGAAGAGGCAGCCAAUAUUUACGUUAAAUCAAAGCAACUCUUUCAAGAAAUUCACACGAAUUUACGGGAGUUCACCUCGAACAAUUCUCGUUUAAUGGAAACAAGUCAAGUCCACACAACAAUUCCCAAAAGUACUGGGGAUAAUAUGGGAUGCAACAAGAGACACGAUCCAAGUUUCUUGCAUCGUUCCCACAAACCCCAAAGUUACAAAAAGAGUCGUAAAGAGAUCAAUAGCAGCAAUAUACGAUCCCUUGGAUGGUUGAUCUCACUUCUGCAUCCAACAAAAUUAUUCCUUCAAGAUUUAUGGAAGCAACAAUAUGACUGGGAUACUCAGUUACCUAGAGAGAAAGAAGAAGAAUGGCACAAUAUCAUCAGCCUUAUCUCUGGGUUUCAAAAGAACUUGUCUCGGUCGCCAGCACCGAAAGGAUGCACAAGCCUCUUGGUGGCAUUUGCCCACGCAAGUUCUAAUACAAUGGCAUGUGAUACUUGUGCCAGAACCAUAAGGGGAUAUCUCCUUAUGGCCAAAUCAAAAUUUCCCUCGAUUCAGGCACAUUAUACAAUGCCAAAAAUGGAGCUCAAUGCACUAACGCUAGCAAUGCGAUUAGCACACUCUGUGCUUUCGCAGUUAAAAUCAGUGACCAAUAUUCAGGGAAUCCAGGUAUUCACUGAUUCUGAGAUUGUCCUGAAAUGGCUACAAAUCAAACCGGGAAAAGAGGUCGGCCAAUUUAUCCAUAACCGACUUAUGGAAGUACGAAAAAUCGACAACAAUAUAACGGAACAAAAUAUUUCGGUUCCAUAUGGUUAUGUGGCGUCGCAUGAAAACCCAGCUGACUGCGAAACAUGA